GCGUUCCAAUUUGUGCCGUGAGCCCCGGCGGAUCUGCUGCCAAUACACCAACCCCCGCCGGGAGCACUGGAAGCAAAGCCUGCAUCCCCGCAACCAGCCAGCUCCGGAGCCGGCCCCCAGCCAUGCUGCUGGACCUUUAAGGAGCCUCCUGCCCUGGGACACUCCGCCACAGCAGGCUCCCUCCCCCCUUUCCCGUCGCCUGCUCCCCAGCUCCGGCCGGGUCAGCUCGGCGCUCGCUGCCCCGGGACGUGGCCGGAGAGUGGAAGCAGACCCAGGAAAUCGAGACGUUUCUGUGGGACCAGAGAAACAAACUCAGGGACUCCAGGAUUUGGAAGGUCUCUGUAGCGCCAUUGAAGCUGGGCCUUCCAUUGCUACCUCCUUCACCCCCACUCCUGCACCAUGUUCCAGCGCCUCACCAGCCUCUUCUUUAGCACCAGCCCACCCUCUGAGGAGCCCCCCUCCCCCAAAGCCUUCAUCUGCCCUGAGGAUGAGGAAGAAGUGGAUGGAUGGCUCAUUAUUGACCUGCCUGAUAGUUUUGCUGCCCCACCAAGUCCCAAACCAGCCCCCUCCUGCUUGCUGGAUGAGAGUUGGUUUGUUACCCCUCCCGCGUGUUUCACUGCAGAGGGGCCUGAGCUGGGGCCUGCCCACCUGGAGAGCAGCCCCUUGGAGGACCUGCUCAUCGAGCACCCCAGUAUGUCUGUCUAUGUCACUGGCAGUACCAUCGUCCUGGAGCCUGGGCCUGAUCCCACCCUGACCCCACCCCGGAGCCCACCCCCAGCCAGAGCUGCCCACCGGGAGGUCAUGCAAGCCCGAAGGGAUCCAGGUCCCAGGCACCACACAGCCUCGAUACCCCCUCGGACAGCAGUGCUAGAAAAGGCCAGUCAGGCCCGGUGGGUGCAGCGGGCCCUCCAGAGGGCCGACAGACAGAGGCUGAGCCCGAAAGUUGUCCAGCGGCAGAAUCGUGUUCGAGAGCGCCACCCCCGUCGGUCUAAGCAUCAGGGCAGCUUUCUCCACCAGCCGUGCCAGCGCCAGUUCAAUUACUGACGCCCCCUGAAGUCUCCUGUCUGCCCAUUCUGGGCUGCUCCAAUCUACACUGCUCUCAAAUAAACCUCUCACCAGCCUUCCUCCCUCCCCUUCCCCACAGACACUACCCCUCACCCACUUAUUCUCACCAGCCUGCUCCUGCCACCUGUUCUGGACCUAAGUGGUGACCCCCAUAUGCUCCAUGGACCUGUUGGCCAAGGCCCUGCUUCUCCAAAGGAGCCUCUACCCAAGGAGAGCCUAGAGGGAGAGAGGUGUUGUUAGCCAUCCCUAUGAGGUAACUGCCUCCCUCUGGUCAUUCCCCCAUCCAGAGAUGCCAGCCCCUUACUUCGGAUCUCUGCAUUCCCCACCUCUAAAUCCUGUCUUGUGAAUUCUGAUUCCCUUCUUCAUUCCCCAACCUUGACCCCCUUGUUUCCCUACAUCUAACUCCACCUACACACAUACAAAACACUGGUUCCAUCACAACUCUGCCCCUCCCUCCUAGGAUAUGUCAGACAGUGACAGAAGUAUCUUUUCUAAGGCUCCCUGACAAGUCUUGGCAACUAGGUUGCAAUGCCCUAAGGCCCAAUUCCUAUUGUUUGUACCCUAAGACAGAGUCCCUAGAGCUGGCCCAGGCCUCUGAAGGUAAAGUAUGUUGGAGAGGGCUGUGAGAUGUGAAACUGAAGAGUGAAAGAAUGGAGGGAUUCAGACAGGGACAAAAAGUCAGAGACAGUCUUGAAAAAGAUAAGUCAGAAGAAAAGCAGCUCUGGCGGAGGGAACCCCUGAGCACAGGAAAGCUGGAUUUUUAUUAGCUGAGAGGGACCCACCACCCUAGCUUAGUAGACUGCUUUAUGGAGUAAGUAGGUGGUUUCCUUAGUCUGAUGUCACCACACACCAUGACCAGAAAGGACUUCUGGUCCAGGUGACUCCUCCCUUUCCCAUCUUGCCUCAAGGUAUUAAGAGUUGGGGGGAUCCAGGAGACCCUGUGAAGCCUGGGCUAGCAGUUUUCCUGGGGGUAGGGAAGCUCUCCAGGGACUGGGUUGAGGGCAAUGAAAAGGAUAACUUCUGAUAGCCUGAUAGCUCUAAAUGACUAGGCUGGCUGCCCAAUUUACUUCCUGCCCAACACCAGAGUGCUGUGCUUUGCAUUAUAAAUGUCUCACCCACCCUAGAGCUAGGGAGAAUCCUCUCUGCUCCAGGAUGGAUAGAUCUUCUGGUGGUCCCAACCCUUCCUGUGUUGACUAUUGUUUAGAUCCAGGCCUUGGAAGAAGGUUGGAGAAGCACCACUUCUGGCCUUUUCACUGCCCAUUCAUUCUGAGGUUCUCACCCCUAGGAAACGAGCUAUUAGUAUCAAGUUUUACUGAGGUUCCCUACCUUCCUUCCACCUGCAGAAACCAGGUGGCUGUUUUUUUUUUCCCAAAGGUGUGUGGGAGAGGAAGAGAAGGUCCCCAAAGCCACGGUCAGCCUGGGACUUAAGAAGUAGCUGCCCCUUUUGAUGCUGUGAGCUGUGAAUUCUGGACUUAGAUACCAGCAACUGUCCCCUAGCAAUGCCCUGAAUUGCCCCUGUCAGUUUCUAGAUGUCAUUCUUUUUUCCUGUCUCUUCAUCUUGAUUUAUUUCUUAUGCUAAUUCUGUCUCUUGAAACUUUCAAGGAUCUUUCCUCUUAACACGAGUCAUUCUGUCCACAUGCCCCUUUUCCCAUUACUUGGCCCUGGCUCUACAGCCAGAGUACAAUAGGGCUGGCUUCCUGGGUUCAGGUGCCUAUAGCUUCAUAACUACGUGGGCAGAGGCCACAGCCCCAAGGAGCAAACCCCAAAUUAUUUUUUAAAAAUUAAAACAAGAUGACAUUUUAAGAAUACUUUCAGCUCACUCAGAAGUCAGUGAUUAAUAUCAUACCCUGUACCUUCUAAGGUUCCCUCAACCCUCUUUCAAGAGUCUUUCCCCAAAUCCCACUUCAGUCACCUCACACCCAGCUAGGCUGUGGCUCCCUAACAUCUGUUUUUCAAAGUUCCCAUCUUCUCCGUUCCAGUGCUGAGGAGCUGGGUUUGGCUCCUAGUAGCUGUUUAAUGGGGACUGGAGUGAAGGAAGUCUGGAGAGCAGGAGCCAAUCAUCCUAAAACUUGCUUCCCUGCCCCACCCCCGUUAAUGCCUCUCCUCUCCUCAAGACUUCUUGAAGUCUUUAUACCCAAGGAUCAACACAAGCUGAUCAUGAGACUUUUCUACCAUCCCAUAGACACUGUAGCAUCUGAGUGUGGCAAUAUUUUAUGUCAAGAUUUUUAAGACCUGACACCACUCCGUCCCCUGUUUGUUCGACUACAGAGCCACCAGAUUUUCUCAUGCUAUAUGGACUGUGUAUGUGCCUUUCACCCUUAGCAUGGUUCAGGGUUUCUCAAACCACAGAACUUGAACAAAUUAAGGAACCAGUAUUCAUGAAGUCCUAUGCAACCUAAGACAGGGAGUCAGAGUCUGCAAUGACAACUGUUUCAGAGACAUUGGGGAAAUGACCAGUUUGUGAGGAGUAUUAGCUAGACAUCAGUAUAACCAGCACUUCAACAAAAUUGUGUGUGUUCGAGUGAGUGUGUGUGUGUGUGUGUUGGGGGGAGAUGCCCAUCUUUUUGUUCUAAGGGUUUGUUUUUAAAAAGUAAGCACUGUUCCCAAGGGCAGCAUCACUUUUUCCUGUUGAGUCUUGAGAGCAUGAACCUGCCCUUCUCUUGCCCCAAGUAUCACUUCCUGGCCCCCUGCUCCCCACUCUUGUCCUAAGAGGGCCACUGUGUGUGUGUGUUUACCUGUGCAGUUGUGACCGGUUUUAAGCAUACAUGUGCAACCAGAAAUCCACCAAUCCACUCCUUAGACAGAGCGCCUCCUCUCCUCUCUCAGAGGGCAUCACUGCCCCCCAGGUGCUCCAGAUCUCGAAUGCCUUACUAAAUCCAAAUGGCUUUGAACUAGGGGGCUUAAUGCAGACAAACCACCCACUUUCUGAUACCUAUGACUGUAGCCCUGCCGCCUGGUUCCAAACAAAGCUAACAAGCUGCGUCUCUGUCAUAUGCUGAGCCCAGAUUGUAGGAGGAACCUUCCUUAGGAUGUUCAAAAUGUGUGUUGGUGGAAUCAAGGAUGCAACCACCUUGACUCUGUCGUGGUGUGUGUGUAUGUGUGUGUGCGCGCGUGUAACAGGACUCGAGUGUUAGACCGUAAUGCUAUUCCUCUGUGGGGGAAAAAAUUAAUAUAAAAGAAAACACAAGAAAUAAAAAUCUAUUUAAAGCAUA